AUUACCAGUCAUUAAUUAGUCACACAUACUCUCUCACACACACUCACAGUCAGAGAGAGAGAGAGAGAGAGAGAGAGAGAGAGAAUGUGUCCUUUGAGGGUGAUUCUGAUAUUCUUAUCCGCCACUCUUGCCGGCUUCUUCCUCCUCAGAAACAUUAGAUCUCAGCCUUCACAAUUGGACAAUCAUGAUGAUGAUGAUGAUGAUUCAACACAAAAUUUACACUCUUCUAACUCUUCUUCUUCCAAGAUUGGAAGCGCUAUAAAUUCAGGGUUCUGGACUUUGGUUGACAUGGCUAGUGGUCGUUACCUUUGGAAGCACAGGCACUUGGUCUCUUCAACUCAAUCCUCCUGAUGCCUCUUAUGUUCUUCACCUUCAUUUGGAUUUGUAUGUAAUAGGGUUCUGCUCUAAAUUGGUCCUUAUUGUUAACAAUUUCAUAUCAAGUUGUAUAUGCUAUAUGAAUGGUCUGAUUUGAUGCCUUAAUCAUAUCCAAUGAAAUUGUUUCCAGUAAAUUGGUUAAGGAAUUAAGUUAUGGUGUGUUUGUGAGUUGAAAUUUUGAAGAAGAAUGGAGACAAGAAAAGUGUUCAAUUUAAAGAGUAAAGUUAUAAAAUACUCAGCAUUACUGUUUUAUAAAUAGAUAAGAAAAGUGUCCAAUUUGAUUGGUUUGUGAAAGGUGUGAUAUUGAAUUAUAUAGUCUAGAUUAUAUGAAUAUGAAUAGGGUUUAAGAUUUUAGUGUGGCUUGUGAUGGUAAAUUAGGUAUUUAUUAUUUUUGUUCAUGAUGGUACUGUAGCAGUGCAGAGUUAGGGGAGAACAACUUGGUUUUCCAAACAUAACUUUCAAAUGAGAUAUUGAUAAGUCCAAAAAAAAAAAUGAGAUAUUGAUAAGCAAAGCAUGUAAAGAACUAAAGAUCAUCAUCAAAAACUUGGUCAAAUUGUUUUUGAUAAAUGACAAUUUCUUUUCCCGAAUUAGAAGCAGGUACUAAAAAUCUCUUUGGAA